AUGAAAGAUGUUUAAAAAUAAUAGGCAAUACCAGAUGCAUAUAGAGUUUUUGUAUUAAUUUCCAUCACUAAUUUACUUGUGAGUCUUGAUCAUGGAAUAAUUCCUGCAGGUUUUUAAUUAAAAUUUAAAAUGUUAAGCAAGUGUUCAAAUACAAAGCACAUUAAAAUUAUCAAAUUAAGAAUUAGGUGUAUUGGGAUCUUUAGUAUAUGCAGGCACUGUUGUUAUGGGAUUUAUGGCUUCCUUUAUCUAUUUGAAAUACAAUCCACUAAGAGUUAUUGAAAUCAGUAUGAUUACUAUGAUUUUGAGUCUUUUUGUGUUUACACUACAAUUUGAUACUGCAUGGCCUUAUUAUUUAAGUCGAUUCAUAACUGGAGCAGCUUAAGCUCCAUUAAUAGUUUAUUUCCCUGUUUGGGUAGACACUUUUGGUUAAGAUAGCAAAACAGUAUGGUUAACAAUCCUAUAAGGUGGAGUACCUUUUGGAGUAUUUGUAGGAUAUGUAUUGGCUAGUGUGAUAGCAGCAUAAUGGAAUGUAAUAUAAUUGAGAAAUUAUAAAAAGUGGCGAUGGGCAUUUUAUUUAUAAAUUGGUGUACUUGUACCUAGUAUUGUAUUGAUUUCCAGAUAACCUCAAUAAAACAUAGAUGUGAGACCCUAUGUGAAGGAUAGUAAUAAGACUUAUGAAAAGAUGCCUUAUUUCUAAUUAAUAAAAUUAACUUUAUAAUCUAGAUCAUAUGUUGUAAUGACUAUAGUUUUGGGAAUGUUAUACUUUUCAGUAACAGGAAUAUAAUUUUGGAUAUCUAAUUAUUUAGUUACAGUCUUGUGUUUUAAUUAAGGUUUAGUGAAUACACUUUUUAGUUUAGAUUCAAUUACAGGUCCUACUCUUGGAUGUGUAUUAGGUAGAUAAUUAAUUUAAUAUUAUUUGUAGGAGGAUUAGUAACUUAACAUUAUGGAGGAUAUGAUUCUAAGAAUGCUUACUAUAUCACAUGUAUUGCAGCUGUAUUUGGAUCCUUAGCUUCUAUUUGUGUAACAUUCACCUCUAAUUUAUGGGCAAUUACAGGAUUUAUUUGGUUAUUACUCUUUUUUGGAGGUGCUUUAGUACCAAUUAUGACUGGUAUAAUGCAUAAGUAACUUUUAGGGAUAGUAUUAUCAUCAGUAAAUUAAGGAAUGCGAUCGUUUGCCAAUUCCAAUACAACUACUUAUGUGAAUUUAUUUGGAUAUUUACCAGCUCCUAUAGUUUAUGGAUAUUUAUCUUCGAUUUCACCAAAUUUAGGAUAUUAUUGUUUGAUGUAUUGUCCAAGUGUUGGAUGUUUAAUGAUUUUAUGGACAACUUAUCAUGAAAGAAGAAGGGAUUAUUUUGUUGAGGAUAAAUCAAUGGAAUCUAUGGAAAUGCAUCCACCUUCAGCUAGAAGUUCUAUGAUGUAGAUUAUUCAUAAUUUUCAUAAUCAAUCUGAUGGUAAUGAUAAUAGGGUUAUAUAAAGAUCUUGUAAAGGAGGUAUUGGAAUUUCAUUCAACACCAAUUAAUAAUAUCACUACAACUCUUUACUACGAAAAGUAAUUAUGAUUUGUAACAAAAGGAUUUUUUGUUUAUUGUUUAUUUUAAAAUAAUAUAAUAAUUUUUACUUUUUAAAUUACAUGUCUGAGAAUACACUUUUUAAUGAAUGUUUAGCUUGUAAGAUGAAAUUUGAGACAAGAUAAUAAUUGGAGAACCAUGUCAAGAAGGUAAAUAUUAAUUAUCUUAUAGAUUAGUUUUGUGUGGGUUCAGAUUAUGGGUCUUAAAAUAAAUUAGAAGAGAAAUAUUAAAGAGAAUUAUUAAAUUUAAAAAAGAGUAAUGCUCCUGGUGCAAGAGAAAUAAUUGAGACUGGUAGACCUCAAUAAGGUUAAUAAUAAAAGAAUCAAUUAUCUUUAGAAUCUAUGAAAGAUUAAAUUAAAUAAUAAGAUGAUGAAUUCAAAAGAUUAAAUAGAAUGGCUUAAAAAAGAAGAGAAGAUGAAAUGGAAGAUGAAUUAAAUAAAUUAAAAAAUGAUAGACAAUAAAUUAAAAUGAAAAGAGAUGAUGAUAGAUAAGCAUUUGAAGAAUUGUUACAUGAAGUUGAAUAAAAAAAAGAGAAAGAAAUAAGAGCUAGAAUAGAAAAGGAUGAAAUUAGAAGAGCUUUAAUGGAUUUAGAGAAAGCUAAAUUAACAGCUAUUGAAUAAGAGAGGAAAAGAGAAUUAGAGAAACUUAUUGCUGAGAGGGAAGCUCUUAGAAUGAAAGAAAAUGAACUUAUUAAAGAUAUUGAAUAAAUGGAAUAGAAUACAAGAAUGCUUGAUUAAAUGAGAUAAGAAGAAGUAUCAAAAAUAAAUAAUGUUAUUGAAGGUAUGUAAUUAAAAUAAAAAAAUAAUACAAAAUUGAAUGAAGAUUUAAUAUAAGAAAGAUCUGAUAAUGUUGCAAAAUUAAAAUUAAAAAGAGAAUAAUUAGAAGGAGAACGAUUAAGAAUUAUGGACAAUUUGGAUAAAUUACGAAAUGGUGAUUUAAAAGCUGCAUAAAGAGGAGGUACUAUGAAUUUAGUGGCUAAUGCAAAGAAUAUUUUAGGUGAUAUGAAAUAAAUGGAGAAUUUUAAUGCUAAAUUACAUGAUGGAAGAUUUGUAGAAUAAUAACAAAGAAUAAAUCAAUUGAAAUAAUAGAAACCUGAAUUUAUGCCAUUUGAUGGAGAUGAAGCUUAUGGAUAAAGAGCAACUGUUGGAUAAUAAGCUGUUGAUAUGUAUAGAUCUAGAAAUCCUCAAACUUAGGGAGAACUUUAAGCAUUUAGAUAAGGAAUUGAAUAGCAUGCAAAUAGUAUGAUGGAUUAAAGUUUGUCAUAGAGUGUCAAUAUGAGUUAAGUUAAGAGAUAACCUUCUUCAUAAGUCAAUAGAGCACCUGCUACUAGAUUAUAACCCUAAUAAACUAUAUAGAGUUUUCCUGAUGUUAAUUAAUAACUUUAAUAAUAAUAAUAAUAAUAAAUUGAAGUCUUAAAAAAUGCUUGGGGUGUUCCUAUUCCCUAAUUUCAAAAUAAUUAAUUUUAAAUGUUACCAUAAUAAUAAUAACCAUAAGCACCAUAAUUUCUAAAUAAUCCAAUGAUGCAAUAUAAUUAAUUUGCUUAACCAUAAAUGAUGCCUGCUUACAAUCCAAUAAUGCAAUAAUAAUCAUAAUAGUAAGGACCAACAGCAUUUGGAUAAUUUGCUUUGAAUUAAUUAGCAUUGAAUUAGGAAGGUAAAAAAAUGAAGGAUCCAUGGAGCAUUUUCAAUAGAAAAAAUGAAUUUUUUUUGAUGAAUGAAGUAAGAGGUGUUGAUUUAACUGAAGAGGAGAGAGUAUUAAUGAGUUUAUAGGCUUAAGAAAUUGAUAGUCUUAGAGUAAUUUCAAGGAUUCCUGUGGGGACAGAAUUGUAUAGAUUUAAGGUUGAGUAAUAUAAGGAAUUAUCUACAAUGAGGGCUGAAAUAGAGAAGAUUGUUUAGGAGUAACGUUUAUAGGAUGCAAGAAGAGAAUUUGAGAUGGAAAGGAGAGAGGAUGAUAGAUAAUGGGAGAAUGAGAAAUGGGUAGAUGAUAAUAAGAAAUUUAUAAUAGAGAAUAGAUUAAGAAAAGAUAAUACUUAGAAAAGAUAGUAGAUGCAAUAAUACAAUUAAAGUGAGGGAUUUGUAGUUCAUUGGGAUUAUACAUUAGGAUUACCUAGAAGAAGUAAUUACAGUUAAGUUGUAUUCGGUGUUUAUAAUGGAUAAUAAGUAAUUUGUUAGCCAAGAUUAGUUGAACCUAGAGAAAGUGAAACAGAAAAUUAAAAUCAUAAUAGAUGCAUUUUUGGUGAUGCUCAUUAAGUUUUUGAGGUACCUGCACAUCCAGAUACUUUGAUGAUUAUGGAAGUUUAAAUUCCUUUCAGCAAAAGAGUUGAAGAUAAUGUAGGUAGAACUGAAACAUAUGGAUGGACUCAAGUGGAUCUAUUUGAUCAUAAUAAAUAAUUAAAGAGAGGAAAAUUUAAAUGUCCUGUUUAUUAUGGACCUACAAGUCCAGAGAUUACUGUUGAAGAAAUAUAGAACUUAGAACCAAUUCCUAAUUGUUGGGUUUACUUUAGAAUAGGUUAUCCAAAUGAUAAAGAUUAUGGAGAAGUAAAAACUAUUUAUCCUGAAUAAACUCAACAUGAAUAUAUAGUACCUUAUAUCCAUUUGAGAGGAUUAUUUGGAAAGAGAGAGAAGGUUAAAAAUAUGAGAGGAAUGGAAGAAAGCUAUGAAACUAGAUAUGGGGGCAGAGGAUAUAAGAUGAUUGAGGAGAUUAUAGAAGAGAGUUAAUUGAUGGGUUAAGGAGCAGGAGGUAAAUCUAAUAUGGAAGAAUAUGAGAUAACUGGAUAACCACCUCCUAUGUAAAAAUAUGGGGUUAGAUAGGAAGAACCUCCUAUUGAAGAUGAUGGAAAAUAAUAAGGAUUGAGAUUGAUCAUUUAUAGAGUUGAUAAUCAUUAAGCUAGGUCUCAUUUAAGAGUUAUGGCAGGAUUAUUUGAGGAAGGAAAUUUAGUUUUGGAUGCUAAUGGAUUACCAGUUGCAUUUAAUACAUCUAUACAUAAUCCAUUAGAUCAAAAGAAUAGACAAGUUUUAUAAAAUGAAAAAUUUAUUAUACCUUUACACAAACCUAAUGUAGAAUAUGAUGGAAUGAAUAAUAAAGCAUCAGGUCAGGAUAUAGUAUUUUAAGAGGAAUAUAGAGUAUUUAGAAAUUUAUAUGCAAUGACUAAGAAAAACAAGAAGGACUUAUAUAUUGGAUUGUAGGUAGUAGAAAAACCAGAACCAGUUGAAUUGUAGGAAUCCAUAUUAAAUGAAACUUAAAAGAAUUAUGCAGGUUUAGAAUUUGAUUUAAAGGGAUGGCAAUUUCUCAAAUUAACUUAAGAAGAUGGCAGUCUUUUGACUGGAAGAUUCAAAAUGAAAUUGUUUAAACCUCCUUUAAGACGUCCACCUAUAGAUCCUACUAAAGUAUAAGAAAUGGAUGAAGUAAUUGAUUUUGCUUUACAUUAAUUUUCAUAUACAGAAAAAGAUAUUGAAGAAUUUAAAAAAUAGAUGAAAAAUAAACAUAAGAAACCAAAAUUAGAGGAGAUUAAAGAUAUACCAUUAGAUAAUAGUCCAUAUAUACCAAAUUUUUAGUAAUAAUGGAUAAAUGAAUAAUUUGAAAGAAGACAUGGUAUAGAUUUUUAUAUAGAUGGAUUAAGAUUCUUACCUGAUAAAGUUACAGCUUGUAAAAUGUACAUGGAAGUUUAUAAUAGAAGAUAUGAAAAAUUAUUUGAAGCUGAAACUGCAGCUCCUGAUCUUAAUAGUAUGGCUUAUAAUCCAACAUUCUAUUUUAGAAGAGAAUUAAGAAAAGAAAAAUUUGAUCCAACUGCUAUAGCAUUGAUUACUGUUGUAACAGUAGACAAAAGUACUAAUGAUAACAGAAUUGUUGGUUAUGCUGCUAUUAAUCUAUUUUUGAAUCCUGGUACUAAAUCAUAACCUGAAGAUUCAAAUGAAGAUAAUUAUGUAGUUUAUUCUGGAGCAUAUCAGAUACCAUUAUUUAGUUAAUAAUUGGACAGAACACCACCAUUUGAUAUGAAAAAAAUGUAAAUAAUAUUUUGAAAAUUUAGUUAUUCUCAUGAAAGAUCUCCAUGUUGUACUGUAUUGGUCAGAAUGUAUAAAGCACCUUUAAGUGAAGAUGGCAAAAGAGCCUUAUCCAUUAAAGAAUUUCCUAGCUUAAAAGAUCAAAUAGCUAGAAAUAUAAUGAGACCUCGUCCUUAAUAUGGAGCAGGUGCUUACAACACUGAGUUAGCUCCUAUAACUGAAUCAGAAAAUGAAUUAUUUGCUUAAAGAACUAUCAGACCUGAUAUAAGUGUUCGAGAAGCUGCUUAUUUACUAAUAAAAGGAGAAUAAAUUAAUAGAUAAUAUAAAGAUAAUGAAAUAAUUAAUUAUUUGGACAAUCGUAUAUCCUUAACUCAUGAUACAUUUAUGAUUGAUAUGAUGUAUUUUGCCAAAUAUAGACCACAAGCAGGAUUUAAAUUAACUGUUGAUGGAUUACAUAAUGUUGUUAAUCAAUCACAUAUGUAUGUAGUCUUUUAUUCCUUAUCAUAACCAGGAACAUUUUAUUUAGAACCUAGAGAUGUUACUUAAGGACAUAUGUGUUCUAAUUAUGAUUUUGAUUCUAAAAUCAAUACUCCUGAAUAUGAUGAUGCUUGGUUUAAAUUCAAAGAAAAUGCUAAUAGAUAUCAAAACAUCAUUUUGGAUAUUAAAUCAGUACCAUUUUCUAAACCUGAUGGAGCUAUUUCUGAUGUAGGUUGGACUAUAUUACCUGUGUUUUCACCUGAUAAUUAUGUUAUGUCUAAUUGUUAUCAAUUACCUGUUUUUAGAGGAUCAGUCCCAAGAGCUGUAAUUGAAGAUAUUAAAAAAUAAGAUACUUGGGAUUAUCUUAGAGACUAAGUAACUAAUAAUAAAGUAUUUUAUCUCAAAAAUAUGUCUAUCAUUGUUAGAUUAGUAGAUGCUUAAAGAGAAGUAAUUUAUUAUUUCAUUUUAGGGACAUUUUAAUAAACGUAUGGAUUGUGAUAGAUUGUAAUAUAAGUAUCUACCAUAAGGAGAACGAAUCAAAUAAUGGUCUUACAAUCCUGCUGUUGUUUUGGAUUAGAUGAGUAUGAAGACUAUUAAAUCUUUAAUACCAUUCAAAGACAAUCCAGCUGCUUUUAACAGAAAAGUCACAGAGUAUUUUGCCAAUUCAUAUGGUUUAACUCAAUAUCUUGGAAGUUGA